GCGUCUUAGAGGUGAUUUACUAAUGGCUUAUAGUAUUCUUAACACUUCUGGACAUCCUCUUAAACACCUACUUAAGCUUAGUUCGAAUAAUAACCUAAGGGGUAACACCCAGAAACUGGAAAUACAACAUAGCAAGACGGAAUGUAGACACAACUUCUACUCCUUAAGAGUUGUCAAAUGCUGGAAUUCGCUGCCGGCCGAGCUAGUCCAAGCGACUUCUCAGGAGUCCUUCAAGAGGCAACUUGACCUAUUCUUAAGGACCAAGGACAGCAUCACACUAUGAUUUACCAAUUUCUUUUCCUCUUUUUUUGUUAACAUACCUAGGUUCCCGCCUGGAGGUUCUGGUGAUCCCCUGCUACUAGACACGGAAGCCUGUUAAGCGAAAGCUUCUUCUAUUCCGUCCACAACCAUUUGUACCAUUUGAUUGAGUUUUUAGCGCCACGUUUCACUUUGUACGCCACCGUAAUGUCUUACAGAUCUCAACUUGCAGAAGUAGAUUUAGGAAAUCUGCUUAUUGAAGAUAAGUGUCCUUUGAACCAGUUUAAUGAAGUUUCGUCUUUAGAUGAUGAUCACUAUAGAACGAUUUCUCUCGAUUGCACUCAUCAUUUUUUCAAGCUAUUUUUCGAACUACCGACGGAAUCAAAUGAUUCUGUAUCUGUUUCCAUUCUUCCAAAACCUACUUUUCGUCUCCCCAGAGAGAAAAAGAUCCCCUCAACCAAAGAACUUACUAGAUGGGACAGAUUUGCCCGCUUAAAGGGAAUCCAGAAUCGUAAGAAGUCCCGCAAAGUUUGGGAUCCUGUGUCUGAAUCAUGGAAACCAAGGUGGGGUAAAGACCGGAUCGAUGAUUUUAAAGACAAAUGGGUACUUGAAGUUCCGGAUAACGCAGAUCCCUAUGAGGACCAGUUUGCCAAAUUAUCACAAGCUAAAAAGGAACGUAGAGCCAAAAACGAGCUCCAGCGUCUCCGCAAUAUUGCCCGAACUGUCAAAGCGGGACAAGCUCCUCCUAUUGGCGUUUUAACGGAAUCACAGUCGUCUAAAACUGAACUGUCACGUGCUUUCGCAAUUGCUCAAAACUCUGAUGCAUCAAUGGGUCGUUUUUCUGCUCCAGUGGAUAGCCGAAAACUUUCUAAGAAAGUUGAAAAACGAUCUAAGAAAAGAAUUCCACUGAGUCAAGUUGUUCAAAGUACUAAAAAGAGUAAACAGAAUAAGUUAAUAUCCAGAACAACAAAAAAGAAUAAGAUGAGUUCACGCCCUUCUAAAAAGAAAUAGCUUUUUUGUCAAAUAGCUUCUUGUAUAUAAAUAACUAUAUAAAAAUACACUUUUCA